AGUCACAGUUACAGAAAACAGAAAUGGAGCAGCAGGCAGUUCAGCUGGACCGAGAAACUUUCUCCUGUUCGAUCUGUUUGGAUCUACUGAAGGAUCCGGUGACGAUUCCCUGUGGACACAGCUACUGUAUGAACUGUAUUAACACCCACUGGGAUGAACAGGAUAAGAAAGGUCGCCAUGGCGUCUUACACGUGCAUCAGCUGCCGGGUGGCCUUCGCCGACGGCGAGGUGCAGCGGGCGCAUUACAAAACCGACUGGCACCGCUACAACCUGAAGCGCAAGGUGGCCGACAUGCCACCGGUCACCGCAGAGAACUUCCAGGAGCGUGUGCUGGCGCAGCGGGCCGCCGCCAACCAGCAGCUGACCCACGCCGCCGCCACCGAGAGCUGCGGCGUCUGCAGCAAGAAGUUCUCCAGCGCCAACGCCUACCAGAACCACCUGCAGUCCCACAAGCACCAGCAGGCGGAGAGGCAGGCGCUGCUGGCGGCGCAGAGGAAGGUGGAGAGGAUGAACGAGAAGAACCUGGAGAAGGGCGUCUGCGACGAGAAGGAGGACAACGACGCCAAGAACGAGGCGCUGCAGCAGGCGCUGAGGGAGCAGCACAGGCCCGACCCGGCCAAGAUGGCCAAGGUCCAGACCGCCGCCGCGGCGAAGGCGGAGAAACCGCCCCGCUUGGUGUGGCUGGAGGAGCAGGUGAAGAGACGGGAGAGAGAGGAGGGAGGAGAGGCAGCAGCAGAAGAGGAGUGGGAGGAUGUCGACGAGGAUGACGAUGAUGAUGACAUGGAGGAAGAUGUGGAUGAAGAGGAGCUGAUGGAGGAGGAGGAAGGCGGCUCUUCGGGGACGUCGGGCCCCCUGCCGGGCUCGGUCCCCGUCACACACUGCCUGUUCUGCUCCCACCGCUCCCGCUCGCUGCUGAAGAACGUGGCUCACAUGACCAAAGUCCACAGCUUCUUCAUCCCAGACGUGGAGUUCCUGGUGGACCUCAGGGGCCUCGUCCGGUACCUGGGAGAGAAAGUCGGUGCUGGGAACGUUUGCUUGUGGUGCAACGAGAAGGGGCGUUCGUUUUACUCCACAGAGGCGGUGCAGAGUCACAUGACGGAUAAGAGCCACUGCAAGCUGUUCACAGACGGAGACGCCGCCCUGGAGUUCGCAGAUUUCUACGACUUCAGGAGCAGCUACCCGGACCGGAGCGACGGAGCGGUUGAAGGGACGGACGAGGAUCUGCCGGACGAGAAGAACCUGGAGUACGACGAUGAGACGAUGGAGCUGACGCUGCCUUCAGGUGCCAAGGUGGGCCACCGCUCCCUCAUGAGGUACUACCGGCAGCGGUUCGGGACGCAGCGGGCCGUGGUUCCGGGCCGCAGCGGGAACGCCGUGGGCCGGGUCCUGCGGCAGUACAGAGCCCUGGGCUGGGCGGGAGACGCAGGCGGCUCGGUCCAGCAGAGACAGAGGGACAUGCAGUACGUCCAGAGGAUGAAAUCCCGCUGGAUGCUGAAGACGGGGAUGAGCAACAACGCCACCAAGCAGAAGCACUUCAGAGCGCAGGUUAUGUUCUGAGAGGGAGAGGAAGCAGCUGCGACACAGACUGCUGCAGCUGGAUGAUGGCUGCCGGGAAACGAGGGGAACGCAGACUUUUCUGUCUCGUCUUGAUUGAAAAGCAGAGAUGAGCUGAAAACGAACCGCAAAGCUGAAAAAAGGAGGAACUGUUUUCCUGAACUGAACUGAAUCUGAUCAGCUUCGUUAGAAAAACAACCGUUAAAGUAAAAAUAAAGAGCAAAACUCAAAUUCAUCAAAUUAUUCUUAUGUUUUACUAAUACAGUCACACAUAUAAUAUGAAAAUAUUCAGGAGUUCUCCUCCAGGUGAGGCUUAAUUAGAUUAAAAAUUAUUUCAAACUGAUGAUGCUACUGAAAUAUGAUUCAACCUGGUUUUUAAAUUCAUUCACUCAUUGAGUAAAAAAUUUACACCAAAUUUCCUUUCAUCAUUUUUUUCUGCAGCUGUUUGAGGAAAUUAUUUUUGUCUGAAAACUUUAAACUGAAACUCGUCUCGGAUCAGAAACUGUUGGAUUAAAUCCAUGAAGUGUGUUCAUGUUUCACUCCUUUGAAUCUUAAAUUUAAAUGUUAAACUAUUUAAAAUAUUUUAAUGUAUGUCUUCUGAAACCAUUAAAUUAAAUUAAAUUCCCAAUAAACAGGUUAAAGUCCUAGAUCUUUGGUCUGUGUUAAAAUGUUAGCAGCUGCUUGGUUCUCUUAUUCCUUGGGUCGGCUCUGAGUGUGACCAGCGUUACGCAGCCUGUUUUUAGCCGAUAGCUGAAUACUGAAUUAUGUAAUUUAUAUCAAUAUUUGUUUGCUUUUUAUGACUAUAUAGUUGUGCUUAAGUAUCGUUAACCAUAUCUUCCAAUAACACAUAAUUAGAUAAUCAUAUUUCAUGUCAACUUUCAACAUUUUUAACACAAACAUGGCGGCUGCUGAUGGUCUGCCGUACCUCCGGACUGCAGCAGCAGGUAAAGAUGCAGCAUGUAACUUUUGUUAAAAUAUGUAUAUUUUUACAUAUUUAUUGAAAUAAAUAAGUAAAUUUGUACAUAAUGUGUGAAAAAACCAAUCCACUCUGCCGUUUCCCAGCGCUAACUAGAAACAACCAAUCAGAGCCAGGAGGCGGGUCUUAGCGUUGUCAAUCAGCUUCGCUCUGUCAGCAUACCAUGCUGUGAAUGCUAAUUCUGGUUAGCAUAGCCAUCAGUGACGGUGGGUAAACAGUUUUUCUGUAACAGUAAUUAGUUUCUCCGCCGUUAGCACAUUUAGCAACAUGUUCACGAGGAUGAUUGGCGGCGCUAAGUCCCUCCUCCUGGCUCUGAUUGGUUGUUUCUGACCGGAGCGGUGCAUUCAUUCAGAUGACAAUAGCAGCCCAGGAAAUGAUCUGUCUCAUAUUAUACUGUCAGGACAUGGUAACAAUUUUAGCUAAUAUAUAAAAACAUAUUUUUAAUAAAAGUUGCAUUAAUUUGGUUUGUUUAUAUGAUAAACAUUUAGUUUUUCAACAUUUAGCCGUUACAGCCUCAGAGAAUCCACCGUGUCUAUAAUAGUAUUAUUUAUGACUCGGACCCGUUUCUGUUAAAUGAUGAAAAUAAAAGCCGAACUUCGUCUCUC